GUCGUCUCUCUGCCGUGCUCCAUAUAACCAUCUCUCUCCUCCCAAAUCCGCCUCUCUCUCUUCCCAAAUCGCGAAAUUUUUCUCCAUUCUCUCCACCACCCCACCACAGAUCGAGGCCAAACCCCACGCCCGGUCUCCUUCUCUGACCCAGCCCCCAAAUCCCCAAAUUUGUAGGCGGAACGCCCGUCUGGUGGAGUCGAUUCGGCCGAAUUCGAGCUCCGAUCUGCGGUUCUGGGGGAGGCGUCUCGUCCAGACCGGCGCGCUCGAGGUGAAUUUGGGCGAUCCGAGGCGUAUGGAGGGGGGCCCGGCGGAUCCGCUGCUCCGGAGUUAGGGUUAGCGAAGGUGGCUGUGGCGGCGGGGGUGGCUGCGAUCUGGUGAUGGUGCGGCGCGGCGCCGGGAGACGGCGAGGAGGGAUCGGCGGCGGGGAAGAUGCAAGGCUAUGCAUGGGUGGCGCGAAGGCGGCGGUGAGGGUUGUGGCAAGAGUCGGCGUCUCGUUCGGCACAUGUGGCCAGUAACUCGCGUAGAGGCAGCUCCACCACAGGCACAGGGACAAGCUUCUCCUCCUUCCCGCUCCUCUGUUCCUCCGCCCCUGACGACCUCUUAUCCACCUGCGCCGACGACUCCGCCAGCUGCAGCGCAUAAGAAGGACCGUGUUGAUUCUCCCCGUCCAGCUUCAUCAGAUUCCUUCGUAAAGGACGGGCGUGAAUUCCGUGUCGGUGACUGCGCGCUUUUUCAGGCUGUUGAAGUUCCCCCUUUCAUUGGGUUGAUACGUUGGAUUGAGAAAAAGGAGGACGGCUUUCCCAAGUUACGUGUAAGUUGGCUCUAUAGACCAGCCGACAUCAAGCUUAACAAGGGCAUACAGCUGAGCGCUGCACCAAACGAGAUCUUCUAUUCUUUCCAUCAGGACGAGACAUCUGCCGUCUCACUGCUGCAUCCUUGCAAAGUUGCGUUUUUACGUAAAGGCGUUGAGCUUCCAGCUGGAAUUUCCUCAUUUGUGUGUUGGCGCGUCUAUGAUAUUGACAACAGGUGUUUAUGGUGGCUUACUGACCAGGAUUAUAUAAAUGAGCGGCAGGAAGAAGUAAAUCGACUUCUGUACAGAACGAAGCUAGAAAUGCAUGCAGCAGUGCAGUCAGGUGGGCGCUCACCAAAGCGGCUAAAUGGACCAUCAUCUGCCCAGCAAAAAUCUGGUUCUGAUGGUGCGCAAAACUGUGGUCUCUCAAAAGGAAAGAAGAGGGACAGGGGUGAGCAAGGAACUGAUCUAGCUAAGCGAGACCGUGAGCGUGUGCUAAAGGUUGAAGAUGGCGAACCAGGCAACUUUAAGAUGGAGAAUCUGAAGUCUGAAAUCACAAAGAUAACAGAAAAAGGUGGUCUUCCACAUGCUGAAGCUGCAGAGAAGCUAGUUCAUUUGAUGCAACUAGAUCGAACUGAGCGGAAGAUAGACUUGGCCGGUCGGGUCAUGCUAGCUGAUAUUAUUUCAGCUACAGAAAGCCCUGAUUGCCUUGGUAGAUUUGUGCAGCUGCGGGGUCUUCCUAUUUUUGAUGACUGGCUUCAAGAAGCUCACAAAGGGAAAUCUGGUGAAGCUGGUAGUCCUAAAGAAACUGAUAAACCUAUGGAAGAUCUUCUUCUUGCUUUGCUCCGUGCACUGGCAAAAUUGCCUAUUAACCUCACUGCCUUACAAAGUUGCAGUAUUGGGAAGUCCGUCAAUCAUCUGCGAAGCCAUAAAAAUCCGGAUAUACAGAAGAAGGCAAAGUGUCUUGUCGAAAAUUGGAAGAAGCGUGUUGAUGCUGAAAUGAAGUCAAAUGAUGUGAAGCCAGUGGUAUCAGGUCAGGCUGUAUCCUGGCCAGGAAAACCUGGGUUUCCAGAAAUUUCUAGUGCUGGAAAUAGACGAAGUGGCUCAAGUGAACCAAGUCUGAAAAGCCCAGUGUCUCAACUUUCUUCAUCGAAGGCUUUGACUUCUAAACCUGGAAACGCUGAUGCUCCUGCGAAAUCGAGUCCUGUGGUAUCUGGUUCUUCAAAAUUACAACAUAUGCAACCAGGAAACACGGUAACCAACUUGAAGGAGCAACCCUGUAGAUCAACUGGUGGGACUUGUGGCUCUGAGCUGCCUGUGGUUAAAGAGGAGAAAAGCAGCAGUUCAAGUCAGUCUAUGAACAAUAGCCAAUCAUGUUCUAGUGAACAUGCAAAAACAAUCGGUUCUUCGAAGGAGGAUGCCCGUAGUUCUACAGCAGCUUCUGGCAUUGCUGGUAGAACAUCUGGGAGCUCCUCACGUGUCCAUCGAAGAACAAACAAUGGGAUUCUUGGUUCAGGAGUCCAAAAGGAAGCUGUUGUGGCUAGAUCUACCUCUGUUGAUCGCUCUUCGUUACCAGAAAAGGCACCCCAAUCUGGCACAGCAUGCGAGAAAGGAACUGACAUACCAUCAGAUCAGGGCAACGGACAUAGAUUGAUUGUUCGGUUUCCAAAUCCUGCCCGUAGCCCUGCUAGGAGUGCAAGCGGGUGUUCUUUUGAGGAAGGGAGUAGAGCUUCCUCUCCUGAUAAGCAUGAACAGAGUGAUCGUAGAGUGAAAAUGAAAAUUGAGAAUUCAAAUCCUCCUCAUUUAGGCAAUGAUACAAAUGCUGAAUCUUGGCAUAGCAAUGAUGUUAAAGGAACUUCAGUUUCUGAGGAAGGCGACAAAUCACCUCAUGCUAUGUUGACUGACGAUCGCAGUAGGACAACUGAAGAAGCUGGCAAAGAUGCACCUGCUUCACGAGUUGUUUGUUCAGAUGUUAAUGAAAAGGGGGUUUGCUCAAGUGAAAGUGGGGGGAGAAAUUCGUUCAACCCUAUGAAUGCUUUGAUUGAAAUCAAGUACUCUGAAGCUAGUCAUUCUUUGCAAGCUGGAGAUGAUACAGCUAUGAAUCUCCUUGCCAGUGUUGCGGGAGAAAUAUCUAAAUCUGAGUUGAUUUCUUCAUCUGCUUCACCUAGAAAUUCACCAGCAAAUGAAGAGGGGCGUGAAGGAGACAACGUUGGGAAGCUAAAAGUACAAAGUGACAUGGACUUGUCACGGCAUUCAGGGCCAACAAAUAAUGCUGAAAAAAUCACCUCUGAUAAGGGUGAGAAAAUUGGUGCAGGUUUGGUUACAAAGGAGGAACAAUGCCAUGUGGAUGCAAAGGACAAUAUGGUACCUGGAAUAAAUACUAAAGAUGUUGAAUCCCCUAAGACUGAAAAUCAUGAAGUUGGGAAUACGGAUAAAUGUUCAAAUCUGGUUUCUUCGCAUGGUUUACUUGGUGAUGAUGGUGAGAAGUUGGUAACAAAACAGCCAGCUGACAUCAAGAUUGACCCAAAAUCCAAUACAAGUUCAUACACAACAACUGAAUUACGUGGCAGUGACAAACAAGCUCAUGGGUUGUUAAAGUCAACAGAUCAGAAGCAUCGCCUAGGUCAACCAGAUAAUUCAGAAGCCAUUGACCGAUCUGGUGACAGUGCUGCUGUUAAAUUGGACGUGGAGCCUUCAUUUUCAUCUUCAACCAUGGAGGUGAAAAAGUCUGAUGGUAUGCUGGUCGGUAACACGGUGCUGAGAGAGCAGGUAAAGGAGCUGCCUUCUUCCUCAGCUGAUGCUACAAAACUAGCUGUACCAGUAGGAAAUGGAAUUAGUAUUAAAGAAUCAAAGGAUAAUUCCAGUGAAUCAAGUAGUCAUGCAAGACCUGGAGCUACCAACUCACAGGAUACUGAAAAUAGUGCUAGGCACAGCUCAAAGAAAUCAAGUGAUGACGCAAGUGGGAAUGAGGACCUUGUCUCAUCAGAUGACGGUUCUUCUUUUGCUGCCAAGAUCAGCUCUAGUGCUACAGCCAAACUUGAUUUUGACUUGAAUGAAGGAAUACCUGGAGACGAGGUACAUCAAUCUGAGCCAGAUACCUCUCCUGCUAUAUGUUCUUCUGCAAUUCAUUUACCUCGUCCUUCUCCAUUAUCUGCUCCGAUAACGGUAGCUGCUCCAGCUAAAGGUCCCUUUGUUCCUCCUGAGAACCUACUAAGAUUGAAGCCUGAAACAGGCUGGAAAGGUUCAGCAGCCACAAGUGCAUUUCGUCCUGCUGAACCAAGGAAAAUUUUGGAGAUGACUCUCAGCGCAUCUGGCAAUCCAGCAUCUGAUACUUCAGGGAAACAUCGCCCAGCACUUGACAUCGAUUUAAAUGUAGCAGAUGACCAAUUUCUUGAGGAAGACGUCUCACAAAGUUCUGUUCAGACAACUGGUUCUGAAUCUGGCAAUACUAGAAGAAGCAAUGGCCCUGUACGAAGUGUUGGCAUUGAACUUGACUUGAACAGAGCUGAUGAAGUAGCAGAGAACGGGCAAUUUGUGCCGAACACUUCCCACAGGGUGGAGGUCCCUUUGUUGUCAAGACCAUUACCUGGAAUUUUCUCUAGCGCCAAUACAAAUGGCUCGAGGGAUUUCGAUCUCAAUAAUGGGCCAACUCUUGAUGAAGCUGGUACAGAACAUGCACCAAGGAAUCUAUCAUCCAAAAAUAUCAGCAGUAUACCAUUCCUUCCUCAAGUCUCUGGCGUCAGAAUGAACAGAGCGGAGAUGAGUAAUGUAUCACCAUGGUUUGCUUCUGCCAACCCUUGUACUCCUGUUGCUGUACAGUCAUUUUUACCUUCUAGAGGAGAACAGCCGCACCCUGUGGAAACAGCUGCAGGAAGUGGAACACAGAGGAUCAUUACAUCCUUGUCGGAUGGUGUCCAACGUGGAAAUGAUUCCUCCCGUGCUCCAGUUAUUUCUGCUUCACCAACCAUGGUUUUUCACCCUCCUGCAUAUCAAUAUGCUGGAUUUCCUUUUACUCCUGCUGUACACCUUCAAGCGCCAAGUUUUUCAAUUGGAUCAACAUCUUUUACCAAUUCAGCUCCUACAGGAGUUUCCUAUUUUCCUAGCAUUGCUCCAACACUCCUUGGGCCAGCAGGCGGGAUGCCUGCUCAGCAUGCUAGGCAAUAUGCAAUAAACCUUCCUGAAGGAACCAGCACUGUUGGACAUGACAGUAAUCGGAAAUGGGGAAGACAGGGCCUUGAUCUUAAUUCUGGCCCAGGCAGUGUAGAUGCAGAAAUAAAGGACGAGCGAGUAUCUUUACCAGUUAGACAAAAUUUGAUCACGCCACCACAUGCCUUUGUGGAAGAGCACCCAAGAGCGUACCAAAUGCCAGGUGUUGGAAUAAAGAGGAAGGAACCAGAAGGCAGUUGGGAUGCAGAACGGUCUUCAUACAAGCAAUUAUCGUGGCAUUGAGCCUUUUAACUCUUAUCAUUCCUCAAUUUCACAGUGACUUCAGCUUCCAGUGAGCUUGUACGGUGCUUUUGUUUGCAGAGGCAACUGCAUUAUGGAACUUGGGCCGGAAUAUACAGUUCAUGCAUGACCCUGUGAUGAUGUGAAUUGUGAGAGGAAUGAUACUUUGCUGUAAAUGUUCAUCAUAUUUCUUACUUUCCUGGAAACAAUUUUCCCUGGCUUCAGCAGUUGCUUUGCUAGAUUUUCGUAGCUGUCAGGCAUGCUUCUAAUCUGCUCCGGUAUUUCUGGAGAUGGAAUGGUAUAGGACCUGAGCCUCAAGAAACAUCUGAAGCCGUUGUAAUUAGUUCAGCUUGUUUGUUUAAAGUUUCUUAUGACAAACCAUUUUCACAUUGUUGAGCAAAUCUGCUGCCUUACAUAUGAUUUAGAUAUGACAUGUAUUUACCUGGAAACGUUGCAUCAGUUUGCUCAUGUAACUUU